CUCCACUUCCUUCCCAGAUCACAGCUGGCCUCGAUCCAGUCGGCCGGAUCCAAAUGAGGACAAGGCGCACAUUGCGGGGCCACUUGGCCAAAAUAUAUGCCAUGCACUGGGGGACGGACUCCAGGCUGCUGGUUAGUGCCUCCCAAGAUGGGAAGCUGAUCAUUUGGGACAGCUACACCACAAACAAGGUCCAUGCCAUCCCGCUGCGGUCAUCCUGGGUCAUGACCUGUGCUUAUGCGCCAUCUGGGAACUAUGUGGCAUGCGGAGGUCUUGACAACAUCUGCUCCAUCUACAGCCUCAAAACCCGGGAGGGAAACGUCCGCGUCAGCCGAGAGCUGCCAGGCCACACGGGCUACCUCUCCUGCUGCCGGUUCCUCAACGACAACCAGAUCAUCACCAGCUCCGGAGACACAACUUGUGCCCUGUGGGACAUUGAGACUGGCCAGCAGACCACAACCUUCACAGGCCACAGUGGCGAUGUCAUGUCCCUCUCUCUGUCUCCCGACAUGCGCACCUUUGUCUCGGGCGCCUGUGACGCUUCUAUCAAGCUAUGGGACAUCCGGGACAGCAUGUGUCGGCAGACCUUCACUGGCCAUGAGUCCGACAUCAACGCUGUCUGUUUCUUCCCCAACGGGAACGCGUUCACCACCGGCUCCGAUGACGCCACCUGCCGCCUUUUUGACCUGCGCGCCGACCAGGAGUUGAUGAUGUACUCGCAUGACAACAUCAUCUGUGGCAUCACCUCCGUGGCCUUCUCCCGAAGCGGCCGCCUCCUCCUUGCUGGCUACGACGACUUCAACUGCAACAUCUGGGACUCCAUGAAGGGCGACCGGGCAGGGGUCCUGGCUGGCCACGACAAUCGGGUCAGCUGCCUGGGCGUGACGGACGACGGCAUGGCCGUGGCCACCGGAUCGUGGGACAGCUUCUUGAAAGUGUGGAAUUGACGUGCCCCAGUGGCUCCUUGCCUGGUGGGCCGGGGGGGAGGGGGAAGAGGAGAGUGGGGUGCCCCAGAAGGGUCCCCUCUCGUGCCCCCAAAGUCCAGUCUCUGUCCUCUCCCUCCGCCAGGCUUCAGGGGGCUGUGGCCUUG